AUGGCUCUUUGUUUGCGAUAUGUUAAUAAAAGAGGUGAAGUUAUGGAGCGUUUUCUUGGUGUUGUACUUGUUGCUAAUACCACAUCUAUGACAUUGAAAGAAGCAAUUGAGUUGAAACUAAUUGAGCACUCUCUAACUCUUUCUAGAGUGCGCGGGCAAGGUUAUGAUGGUGCUAGCAAUAUGCAAGAACGUGUGGUAGCGACAUUAUCUCUUGGUCAACUUGAAUCUGGAACUGGCUUAAAUCAGGAGCUUAGUUUGAGUAGGCCAGGCAAUACGCGUUGGGGAUCUCAUUUUAAAACAAUUUUGAAUGUCCUUAAUUUAUAUCCAACAAUUCUUGAAUCACUUGAUGCCAUUGGGGAUAUUUCUGAUAGUGUUGACCGGAAUCGAGCUGAAUCACUGACACACUUGUGGAUGUCAUUUGACUUUAUUUUUAUGGCACAUUUGAUGAAAAGUAUAUUUGCGAUUACUAAUGAGUUGAACAUGGCUUUUCAAAAAAGUGACCAAGACAUAGUGAAUGCAAUGAAAAUGGUAGACGUGACUAAGAUAAAUUUGCAAAAUCUCAGAGAUAAUGGAUGGGAAACUCAUAUGAAUAAUAUUCAUUUAAUUAUGAUUAAGUAUGAGAUUGAGAUUCCUAAUACGGAGGAAAAAUAUGUGCACCCUGGCAGAAGGAGUUUCGUGGUAGUAGACCACAAGUAA